AGCUGCAAAAAGCAAAAGUAAGGGAUUCCUUCCCCUCCCUCCCUCUCUCUCUCUCUCACACACACGCCCCACGGGGUUAUCUCGGCUGAUAAAGGCGUGGAAAUUUGCCACUGAGAACAUGGGUUCAAGUCCGCAGGGCAACGGGGAUUUAUUUCCUAUCCCUGUGCAAAAAGUCUUGGCCCACUGCGUACUUGCCACCGAGCUAUCAUGAUUUACCUCCCUCGUGAUGAACCUGGGCAGGGUGCGACGGGGCCCUGAAGGUGAGGGUUUCGCCUUUUGCCGCACACACACACAUUGCAAUGCUCGGCCACUGUUUCUCGCUUUGAUCCUUUGUUCUUCGCUUUGCGUCUUCCUGACUUCGUGUACCAAAGUUUCCUCCUUUUCCUCUCUCUACUCUAAAAAGUGGAGCUUUGCUGUUGUUUUCUCUCCUUUUCCCCUUCCUUUCGCAAGUUUGAUUCUUUUCUUACUUCUUUCUUAAUCUUUUCUGCUUGUCUUCCUACCUAUCGCGCGUCUGGUUCUUCACAUUCUUGAAUUUUUGGUUAUUUUGGUCUCCAUGGGAAUCUGCCAUGGAAAGCAUGUCCCGAACCUUGAAUUCCAGGAAGAAGAGGACCUGCCGGCGCCUAACAUUGGGCAGCCCACACCGAUUCCGCGAACCCCGAAGCAAGGCAAGUUCCCCUUCUGCAGCCCAAGCCCUCUUCUAGGCUCGUACAAGAACUCGCCUGCCAACCUCAAUGGGAGAACGCCGCUGAGAUUUCUCAAGCGGCCCUUCCCUCCUCCGUCGCCUGCGAAGCACAUCAGGGCUCUCCUCGCUCGUCGGCACGGCCCGGGGAAGCCGAACGAAGCGUCGAUCCCUGAGGGCAGCGAGGUGGAAGUGGGAUUGGACAAGAACUUCGGAUUCUCCAAGCAGUUCUUCUCAAAAUUUGAACUUGCAGAGGAGAUUGGGCGUGGGCAUUUUGGGUAUACAUGUGCUGCCAAGGUGAAGAAGGGAGACACGAAAGGAGAAGAGGUGGCGGUCAAGGUUAUACCCAAAACAAAGAUGACAACUGCUAUAGCUAUUGAAGAUGUGCAUAGAGAAGUGAGAAUAUUAAGUUCUCUAACAGGGCAUAAGAAUGUAGUACAUUUUUAUGAUGCUUACGAGGAUGAAGAUAAUGUGUAUAUCGCAAUGGAGUUAUGCAAAGGUGGUGAAUUAUUGGAAAGGAUUCUGUCAAGGGGUGGGAAGUAUUCAGAAGAAGAAGCAAAAACUGUAAUAGUUCAAAUUCUGAGUGCCGUGUCCUUUUGUCACCUUCAAGGUGUUGUUCAUCGAGAUCUCAAGCCAGAGAAUUUUCUUUUUACUUCAGGGGAUGAGAUGUCUACCUUAAAGGCCAUAGAUUUUGGUUUGUCAGACUUUGUAAAGCCAGAUGAGAGAUUGAAUGAUAUCGUUGGAAGUGCAUAUUAUGUUGCGCCUGAAGUUCUCCACCGUUCGUAUGGAACUGAGGCAGACAUGUGGAGCAUCGGCGUAAUUGCAUAUAUUUUGCUCUGUGGUAGCCGCCCUUUUUGGGCACGCACAGAGUCAGGUAUAUUUCGAGCUGUUCUAAAAGCUGAGCCAAGCUUCGAAGAAGCUCCGUGGCCAUCCCUAUCUUCUCAAUCCAAAGACUUUGUCAAGAAAUUGCUGAAUAAGGAUUAUCGAAAGAGAAUGACUGCUACACAAGCUCUUUGUCAUCCUUGGCUGCAGAAUCCUGAAAAGAUUAAGAUUCCUCUGGAUAUUAUAGUCUUUAAGCUUAUAAAAGCUUACAUAUGUUCAUCUUCUCUAAGGAAAUCAGCAUUAAGGGCUCUUGCCAAGACCUUGACAGUAAAUCAACUCUAUUACCUUAGAGAGCAGUUUGCUAUGUUAAAUCCAAGCAAGAAUGGUUAUAUCUCCCUCCAAAACUUAAAGACGGCUUUGUUAAAAAAUUCAACAGAGGCAAUGAAAGAUGCAAAGGUCCUUGAUUUCGUUAACAUGGUAAGUUCCCUCCAAUACACAAAGUUGGAUUUUGAGGAAUUUGCUGCUGCAGCAAUAAGUGUGCAUCAGAUGGAAGCAUUGGAUACCUGGGAGCAGCAUGCUCGUCAAGCCUAUGAAUUCUUCGAGAAAGAUGGGAACAGGUCCAUCAUGAUUGACGAACUUGCAUCAGAGCUUGGUCUCGGCCCAUCAGUUCCAGUUCAUGUUGUUCUCCAGGAUUGGAUAAGACAUUCUGAUGGAAAACUGAGUCUACUAGGAUUUGUUAAACUUCUUCAUGGCGUUUCUUCGCGCACAAUUCUGAAGGCCUAGUGAAACUUUGCCUCUGUCAAGCAUUGUGAUAGAUGCUCUCAUCAGAGGAUUGAGUAACAAGUUAAGAGAAGAACCAAAUAAUCUAUUCAAUUCCUGAAACAUGAUCAUUGAGUGGGCAAGCCAACCAAAGGUUUCAGCAGGCAUGAUAACACAACCAAAAUCUUCCUCUUAUAAAUAAUGGUUUUGAUUCACCAUUCCAGUGGUUGGAUGUACAGAUGAGCAUAGCAAAUAUAGGAGGGUGAUGAAAUUGAGGCCUGCAAAUGGAGUUUACCAACCUGUACUACUCUGUUUGUGCUCAAUAAGAUGUUUACUCCCUUAACCUGUGAUGAGAUAUAUUCUGAACAAUUAAGCAGCCUUGUGGUAUUUCUCUUGGCUGCAAGUGUACAUUAGUAUCGAGGUUAUCCUUGCAGCUUGUGUUCGCUAUAAUGCUACAUAAGAUGGAGCUCCAUUGUUGCACCACU